CCCCCUUGCCCCCCUUCCAUCCAUUUCUUCAAACCCUACCUGUGUUAUUAGCACUUUUGCCUCUUAUAUCUGUAUUGUCUAUUGUGUUCAUUGAAAGUUAUCACAUCGACAGUUUUGCAACUUUUCCCCUUUAACACACCAGACUAAUCCCUCCGAGGCUCAUUGCGCCAACCCGCAGAUCAGACGAACGACUUUCAUCUCAUCAUCCUGUUGUGACACCUAGAACUACUUUUCGGCAGCCACCCCCUGUGUACGCCAUAGCUCAACGCCAGAAUAUAGGGCUGAGAUAUCGGUUCUCAUGGCUUCGCGGCGCUAGUCACACUGACGGAACUAACCGCCAACAUGGCGAUAUUCAGUCAAACAUGGACGCUCACGCGCAAGAAUCUGCUCAUCGUCCUUAACCGACACACCAACGCUACAAUUAUCCGCGCUUUUGUCCUUCCCGUCCUUGUUGUCGCCUUCCUGAGUUUCGCCAAGAACCUCUUCGUCCCCUACGCCGUUUUCGGCAUCAGUAAGGUCCAUCCUGUGCGCUCUCUUUCCGACGGCCUGCAAGCCUCCAGCGGGACCGGCCGCAACACGGUCGCCUUUGUCAACAACGGCCUGCGCGGCGGAGAGAUUGAUCGGGUCAUCCAAGAGCUGGCCACCGUUGUGCGUGAUGCCGGCAAGAACGCCUCGAUUGCCGAAUCCGAGCAGGAUUUAAUUUGGACCUGUCGCGCCUCGCUACGCGGCGUCACCCCUUGCUAUGGCGCCGUCGUCUUCUACUCUUCGCCUGAUGAGGGUUCUGGUGGAAUUUGGAACUAUACGCUCCGUGCCGAUAGCGCGCUGGGUACCGGAAAGAUCAACGUCGAUAAGGAUGACAACGAUGCCCAGGUCUAUAUGCUUCCUCUACAGCGCGCUGUCGAUGCUGCCAUCACCCGCAAUGGCCAGCAGAAGCUACCUGAGGAACAGGACGAGUAUCCCUUCACCUCUUUGACCAAGGAGGAGCGCGCCGACCGUGUCAGACAGCUGUACCAAAAGACCAUAUAUAACGUCCUGGGUGUCACCUUCCUCAUCAGCGUCAUUGGUGUCUGCUACCAUCUGGUUGGAUUCAUGGCUUCGGAGCGCGAGACGGGCAUGUCGACUUUGGUGGAGGCCAUGAUGUUCACCAAGAGAACCUGGGAGGGCCAGGCCGCGCGACUGCUGUCAUAUCAUCUCGGCUUCACCCUCCUGUACCUGCCUGGUUACAUUGUCAGCUCCAUCAUCAUGUGGGCGGCAGUCUUCAGGACCAGCAGCGUUGGUAUCCUCAUUAUCUACCAUAUUCUCGCUGGUCUAUCGUUGGCUUCCUUCUCUAUUUUGGGCGCGGCUUUCUUCAAAAAAGCACAGCUCAGUGGUAUCUCCAUCGUCAUUCUUUACAUUCUGCUCGGUGUCAUUGCCCAGAUCAUCACGGCACCCAAGACUGCCACGGUUGUCGUCCUCAGUUUGCUGUUCAUGCCGUGCAAUUACACCUACUUCAUCGCUUACCUUGCACGCUUUGAGGCCAAGGAUAUGGCAACCAACCUCGGCAAGAGUGCUCCUGAUAGCCCCUCGCAAGUGGCCGGUAUCGUGUUUUGGAUCUUCCUGAUUGUUCAGAUCUUUGCUUAUCCCAUUCUCGGUGCUAUAAUCGAGAGAUACCUCCACGGAACCACUUCUUCCACCCGCAACAUCGCCUACGGCGAGAAUUCGGAGCUAGGACCCGACAAUGCCGUCCAGCUGGAUGGCUUCACCAAGAUUUACAAGCCGGGUCCUUUUCGCAACAUGUUUUCCUUCCUGUCCAAACCGAGAGAGCCCGUUAUUGCUGUCAAUGGCUUGACCCUCACUGCCCGUCGUGGUCAGAUUCUCGUUUUGCUUGGCGCCAACGGUAGCGGAAAGAGUACCACGCUCGACAUUAUCGCUGGCAUCAACAAGCUUUCCAGCGGCAGCAUCACCGUUGACGGCACCGGCGGUCUCGGAAUUGCUCCUCAGAAGAACGUUCUUUGGGACGAGCUCACGGUCGAGGAACAUCUUCGCAUCUUCAACCGGCUCAAGUCUCCCAACCAGCUUGCCACCAAAGAGGACAUCUUGGAACUUAUCAGCGGCGUUGAUCUCGCCCAAAAGGUUGACGCAAGAUCUGGUACUCUCUCUGGCGGCCAGAAGCGCAAGCUCCAGCUCGGUAUGAUGUUGACAGGUGGCUCCGCCGUCUGCUGCAUUGAUGAAGUCUCCAGCGGUAUCGAUCCACUUUCUCGUCGCAAGAUCUGGGACAUCCUCCUUGCCGAGCGUGGGCAUCGCACCAUGAUUCUUACUACUCAUUUCCUGGACGAGGCUGACCUUCUUGCUGACCAUAUCGCCAUCAUGUCCAAGGGCACGCUCCGCGCCGAGGGCUCUUCUGUCGAACUCAAGAACCGCAUGGGUGGAUACAGAAUCCAUCUGAACAACGCCAAGUACAUCUCCAACUCGCCCAACGUCUCUGGUGUCCAGAAGAAGGUUUCCCCCGAGGAGAUUACCUACAUCGCCUCUACCUCGGCCGCGGCAGCUCAAGUUAUCAAGGAGCUUGCGGUUGCUGGCAUCUCGGAUUAUCGCUUCUCUGGUCCUACUAUCGAGGAUGUGUUCUUGUCACUUGCUGAAGAGGUUCGGGCGGAAGAUGGCGCGAGACUCGACCAGUUCCAAAGCACCGCCGCUGUCCUAGGCGCGCAACGGAGUACGGAAAAACAGUCUUCGACUGAGAUGGUUAACAAUGCCCCCGUUGACGACACAACCAAGCCCAGUCUUAACCUCCUGUCUGGUCAGCGUAUCGGAUAUUUCAAGCAGGGGGUAGUUCUCUUCCGCAAGAGGAUGACCAUCCUCAAGCGCAACUGGUUCCCGACCCUCGCUGCAUUUGCCAUUCCCAUCAUCGCUGCUGGUUUAGUCACUCUGUUCGUCAUGGGCAAGGAUCCUGUUGGCUGCAGCCCUGCAGAUCAGUCUUCUCGUCGUGUUGCAACUAACCUCUUCGCCUCCGAUUUUGACCUCUUCAUGAUAGCUGGUCCCUCGGACAAGUUUUCGGCUAAUAACCUCGCCCGUCUUUUUGCUCCCAUCUACAUGGCUACCCAGGACAACGCUACCAGCAGCGGCAACUCCCCGGGUAUUGGCAUGAACCCCCUGGACCUGUUCAAGAACAUCACGCUGGUUGACACUGUGGAUGAGUUCAACUCGGCUGUGGUGCAGUAUCGCAAGAACAUCACUCCCGCCGCUGUCUGGCUUGGGGAGGACAACUCUGUCCCGACCAUGACCUACAGGUCCGACAGCGUGGAGAUGUUCACCGCUUGGUUCGGCCAGUGGAUCACCGACAUGAUGCUGUCCAACACCACGAUUGCUUCUCAGUUUGUCAACUUUGACAUUCCCUUCGCUCCCGACACGGGCAAGUCUCUCCAGAUGCUUGUCUACAUGAGUCUGGCGCUUUGUGCCUACCCUGGUUUCUUCGCUCUGUACCCCAACGUUGAGCGCCGUUCGUUUGUGCGUGGCUUGCAAUACUCGAACGGUGUGCGUCCCUUGCCUCUCUGGCUCGCCUACACCACCUUCGACUUCCUCAUAGUCCUCGUCGCGAGCGCCAUCAUGACGGCUCUGCUCGCCGGCCUGGCCAGUGUCUGGCACCACGUCGGAUAUCUGUUCAUCAUCUUCGUCCUCUACGGUCUCGCCUCGAUAUUGCUGGCCUAUGUUAUCUCGCUCUGGAGCAACAACCAGCUUUCGGCCUACGCAUUCACCGCCGGUGGCCAGGUAGUCAUGUUCCUCAUCUACCUGAUCGCCUACAUGUGCACCAUCACCUACGGCCCCGUCGACAGGGUGGAUGAUAUGCUCGUCGUGGUGCACUUUGUCGUAGCCAUCUUCGCCCCCAUCGGCUCGCUCACCCGCGCCCUCUUCAUCGCGCUAAACCUUUUCUCAACAGCCUGCGACGGCGACAAGCUCGCCUCGUAUCCGGGUGGCAUCCUCCAGUAUGGCGGUCCGAUCCUGUAUCUGAUUCUUCAGUCCAUCAUCCUCUUCAUCCUCCUCGUCUGGGUCGACGCCGGCAACCCCUGCUCAACCCUCAAGCAGCUCUUCAAGCGCAAGCCGCGCUCCGCCCCGCCCACCGUCGCCCAAGAAGCAGACGGAAUCUCUGACGAAGAAGUCGCCCACGAGCUCGUCCGCGUCAAGUCCACCGCCACUGGCAGCGGGGUCGCCGGCACCAACAACACGGACGGUCUACAGGUCGUCAACCUAACCAAGACCUUUGGGCGCAACACAGCCGUGGACAACGUAACCUUUGGCAUCCCUCACGGGCAAGUCUUUGCCCUCUUAGGCCCCAACGGCGCCGGCAAAUCCACGACCAUUUCCAUCAUACGCGGCGACGUCAAGCCCGACUAUAAUUCAGGCGGCGACGUCUUCGUCGAACAAUCCUCCGUCGCCCGCUCUCUCGCCGCCGCCCGCUCUCACCUCGGCGUCUGCCCCCAAUUCGACGCAGUCGACACCAUGACCGUUCUCGAGCAUCUGCGCUUCUACGCGCGCGUGCGCGGCAUCCCCGCUUCCGGCAUAGAGUACAACGUCGAACAAGUCAUCCGCGCCGUCGGCCUGACCCAAUUCCGCGACCGCAUGGCGCGUGCGCUAUCGGGAGGUAACAAGCGCAAGCUGUCUCUCGGUAUCGCUCUGAUGGGUAACCCCACGGUGGUGUUGCUUGACGAACCCUCCUCCGGCUUGGACGCGGCCGCCAAGCGCAUCAUGUGGCGCACCCUCGCCGAAACCGUGCCCGGCCGCUCGAUCCUGCUCACCACCCACAGCAUGGAGGAAGCCGACGCGUUGGCGGGCAGAGCCGGCAUCCUCGCCAAGCGCAUGCUAGCCAUGGGAUCGGUUGACUCGUUGCGCAAGCGCUUCGGCGAUACAUUGCACGUCCACCUCGUCUGCCGUGGCGCGCCCCGCACGUCGGACGCCCGGAUUGCGCAAAUCCACGCCUGGGUUGAAUCUACCUUUGGCUCUGCCGCCGCGAUGGAGGGGAAGACAUAUCACGGGCAGAUGCGGUUUUCCGUACCCGCCGCUGUUGUCCUUUCCCUCACCACUGGCAUCAUUAACCAGCGGGCAGAUAAGGGCAUGGCAGCGGAAGAAAUCAGGGAGACGGAAACCCAGCAAAGCACGACGAGCGCGAUAGGCAAGUUGGUAGUGUUACUUGAAGAGCAGAGGGAGGAAUUGGGCGUGGAGCAUUUCAGUGUUAGUCCGACGACGUUGGAUCAGGUCUUCUUGGAGGUCGUGGGGAGGCAUAAUGUUAGAGAGGAAGGGUAUGCGGCUCCGGAGGAGGGGAAGAAAAGGGGGUUGAAGAGGUGGUUUAAGAGGAGUUAGGGGAAAAGUUGUGAUGUGGGAAAGGGAGGAAAUUUUGUGAAGAACAAUGUUCAGACUUUACAUAAGUUUUCGAUAUUUGAUGGUAAUGUUUGGUUAUAUUUCUUCCAUGCUGCUGCUGCUGCAAGCGCUGUUCUAGAAUGUGAGUAAGCGAGCGAGAGCGUUUUGGAGUUGAAACAUGGAAGAGAUGGUGUAAAGAGAAAUAAUUGCAUGAUGAACACAAGCGACAUUUCAGGGUUAUAUGAUGCACGGCAUAUCAGUCAAGUUACCCUCGGUUGGCUUGGAAGUUCUAUUCACAUCACAUAUUGGUUUUUUCUUCUUCUUGGUUUCAGAGGGUUCAGCUUUGUUGUAUAUACCCAAUCUUUCACUUUCAGGUUUUACGCAUCAAAUAUCUUACAAACGAAUUCUAUAUUAGACCUUCUUACAAUCGAC